AUGCGGCACGAGCGGUUACGUGUAUUCACUACUUUCGUAACGUUUCUGUUCAUAUUCGGAUUUGCGCAUGCGCAAACCGAACCGCUCGAAUGGGCACCGUGCGCGGUCGACUGCAUCAACCAAGUGACUGCGCCCGUUGCGUCGGACUGCAAGAUGGCUUUCGUUGCUUUUGCAAUGACCAGCCUCUUUUCGAAGACGCCCAGGAUUGCUGUAUCGCAUAAUAUAACCUCCACGACAUGUCAGUUCCCCGAUCGCGACAUAGGCCCGUCCGGCACGGCAGUCACUUUCGUCUCGAUGGGAGUGUCGCUUGUCUUCGUUGGCAUGCAGUUGAUGGUGUUUGCGAGCACGCGCGCGUGGGGUUGGGACGAUAUAUUGAUUGCUGUUGGGACGGUCAUGAUGAUUGGCAAUGCGAUCUGCAAUCCUAUAGCACGAGGAUGGGGCUUCGGUAGAGAUGCAUGGCGGAUACCCUUCUCGCACACCGACAAGAUACUGGAGAUCUUCUACGCCGGCGGACUAGUCUACGUGACCGGCGUCGCAGUGACCAAGAUGGCCUUUCUGUGCUUCUACAUACGACUCUUUCCAACACCCGGACUGCGUCGGGUCGCCUUUCCGAUGCUCGCUCUUACUGGAAUCCAAGGCGUCAUUUUCCUAUUUCUCUUUGCAUUCCAGUGCAGUCCCGUCGCAUACACUUGGCUACAAUGGGACGGCGAAGCAGAGGGAUCAUGCCUUGGAUUUGAGGUUGGAGCCGCUAUUCAUGCCAUCGUCAACAUCAUUCUGGACUUCGCCAUCUUCGCCCUGCCGAUGUUCCAGCUGCGUACCUUGAACCUUUCGAAAAAGAAGCGCUGGCAAGUGCUGCUCAUGUUUGCUGUCGGAUUCUUGCAAGUUCUCCCUCUUGCUUGGCCUUGGCGUAACACUAGUCUCCGUAAUCCGCAUCCCCUCCCUCGUCGCAGUCGGCUCCUCCACAACCUCUCCCGCGACUACGUCGCCCUCGGCUACUGGUCCGACCUCGAACUCAACAUUGGCAUCGCCUGCUUCUGCAUGCCCGCCGCACGCGUCAUCUUGCGCCGCUACUUCCCCAACUGUGGCCUCGGCUCAACUGCCGCGACCGACGAGGGCUACUACGUCAAUACGAUUGGUGGCGGGCGACGGAAGGCUGGUGCGAGUGACUUUGGGCAGGUGGGGAGUAAUAGUGACGGGACGGGGCCAAUACAUAAGAAGACGAUCAGUAAGGGCAAGGUCGUGGAUGUGGUGAGUAGUGCGACGACAACGGGUGAGUGGAGUUAUGAGGUUGGGGAGGAUGGGAGGGUUGCGAGGUUGCCGAAGGGGCAUGUGAGUAGGCAUAGUGAGGCGACUACGGCUGUGGGGACAGUAGGUCGAGGGAGAGGGAACAGUGAGACGAGGAACUUCAGCAGGGGCGGGGUUGCUGGUGCGGGAGGCGCCGUGGGAAGUCAUAUGGUCAAUCAGUAUCAACACUCGUCAAGGUCGAGGGAGCCGAGAGGUGAGGAUGACACUGACUCGGAUGUCGAGUUAGUGCCGCUGGGUUUGCAGAGCGCUAUUGAGGGUGGUGCUGGCGUGCCUGGGGCUCGCAUGGACAACAGGGCGCCUUCCCGAGGCCUCAGUCUUGGUAAAGAUGGGAGAAUCGAGAGGUCUAUGGUCUAG